AUGCGCGAAACACGUGACCAACAGAUUGUUUACUUCAGUGAACAGCACAUGUACUUUGAAUACACAACCACUCGUAUGUCACUCAAGAACAUCCUAUCGCUGAAAAAGUACUCGUUUCUGAAGCAACCGAAGGGAUCGCCAAAUGUGUUGUUAACCCCAUUAUCGCAACAAAUCAAACAAAACAUUGCAUUUGAAUGGAUUAAAAGUAUCAGGAAAUUACCAUCAGUGGAGAUGUUUGUCACGCCUUUCAUUACACACACGGAACCGCCGAUCGGUGACCAAAAUAACAUGAAUGAUGUUUUACUUAAAUCAAUUUUAGACGAUUAUAACAACUAUUAUAGGUUGUGGAGCGAAGGCAUGACUGAAACCGUGGAGAACAAGUGUCCGCAGUUGGAGUCAAUUGAACACAUCAGCGGUUCAUCUGUUAAGACAACACAUCCGGCGUUAACCGAUUCCGACAUUAUUUCGUGUCAAAUAGAUUUAGACAACUCUUUAAUCGCUAUAUUAAGCGAUGCCUUCACUACGAAGAAGUAUGAGAGC